AUGGCGCUGGGGGCCGCGUUCGCGGGCCGCCGGGUCCCUCUGCUGCCCAGCGGCCGAAGCGCUGCCGCUGCCGGGGCUGGAGGAGAGCUGUCCCCCGGGGAGCACGGCCCCGGCCACCCCUGCAGCUAUUUCACGGGAAACUACCGUGAAAAAAAGCUUUAUGGGGGCUAUAAAAUCCCUGUUAUUGAGAACUUGGGUGCCACUCUGGACCAGUUUGAUGCAAUUGAUUUCUCUGACAAUGAGAUCCGUAAACUGGAUGGGUUCCCUCUCUUGAGAAGGCUGAAAACUCUUCUGAUGAAUAACAAUAGGAUUUGCCGAAUUGGGGAAAGCCUUGAGCAGGCUCUGCCCAGCCUGACGGAGCUCAUUCUUACCAACAACAACAUUGCAGAAUUGGGUGAACUGGAUCCAUUAUCAAGUAUUAAAUCACUGACUUACCUGAGCAUUUUAAGGAACCCUGUAACAAAUAAGAAGCAUUACAGAUUAUAUGUGAUCCACAAAGUUCCCCAGGUCAGAGUGCUGGAUUUUCAGAAAGUGAAACUCAAAGAGCGACAGGAGGCAGAGAAAAUGUUCAAGGGCAAACGGGGUGCACAGCUUGCAAAGGAUAUUGCCAGGAGAACAAAAACCUUCAAUCCAGGUGCUGGUUUGCCAACUGACAAAAAGAAAACUGGGCCCUCCCCAGGGGACGUUGAGGCAAUUAAGACUGCUAUAGCAAAUGCCACGACUCUGGCUGAAGUGGAGCGACUGAAAGGCUUACUACAGGCUGGACAGAUCCCUGGCAGAGAACGAAAAUCAGGCCCGUCGGAGGAGGCUGAGGAAGAAAUGGAGGAAGACGCAGUUCCCAACGGAUCCUAGAGCCCGGCCCCGCCGCCUCUCCCCGCAGGGGGAACGGCACCGGGGGCAGCUCCCUCCCCCUCUCCCCGCACCCCGUCCUUGUGCAUUUCGGCCUUUAAUAAACCAACGUUUCGUUUUUC